CCUGAGGGCCCCAUGCAGCUCCUCUCAGGGUUCUCCUCUCUCCUCAGAAACCUGUCCAAGAACCCCACGCUGUCCUCGCUGUCCUGGCAGAUCUUUGAACAUCUGCAGGUCUUCGAACUGCUCCUGGAGGACGUGCUGUUCCUCUGCGGCUGUGAGGUCCGCUGGCUGCAGCUAUGGCAACAGAGAGGGGAGGCGGGGCUUAGCAGCCAGCGGCUGUACUGUGCUGACGGAGAAACCCGGAUACCACUAGAGGACAUGAGCAUCAGCAGCUGUGACCUUCCAGACAUCAGCGUCAGCCACAGCAACCUCACCGUCGUCGAGGGCGACCGCGUGACGGCCAUCUGCAACGGCUCCGGGUCCCCGUUACCCGAAGUGGACUGGCCCGUGACCGGCCUGCACUCCAUCAAUGCUCAGGAGGCCCGAGUCCUCGACAACAACACCAUCCACUCCAUCAACAUCACGCUGGUCAACGUGAGCCGGGAGGACAACAACUUCCUGUUGACCUGCAGGGCCACGAACAUCGUGGGCAUGAGCAACGCCACGGUGACGCUGACCGUGCACUUCCCUCCCUCCAUCGUGAAGCUGAAGGAGCCGGAGCGUCGCCAUGACACCUGCAUAGAGUUCACGGUGCGGGGCUCGCCCCCCCCCACGCUGCAGUGGUUCUACCGGGACACGGAGAUCUCCCACACGGAGUACGUGCGUCCAGACAUGGACGUCUACCAGGACUACACCGAGGGCUGCCUGACCUUCAAGAACCCCACGCACCACAACAACGGCAACUACACGCUGAUCGCCAGCAACUACCUGGGCGUGGCGGCCGGCAGCGUGUACGGCCACUUCCUGGACACGCCCUUUGAAGACCCGUACACAGACUAUGAUUAUGUUACCCCGACGGCCGAGACUCACAAGCCAGAGGAGGAUCACUUUGGGGUGUCCGUGGCUGUGGGCCUGGCCGGCUGCGCCUGCCUGCUGCUCGUGGUCCUCUUCCUGCUCGGCAACAAGUACGGACGGCGCUCCAAGUUUGGCCUGAAAGGACCGGUAGCCGUGAUUAGUGGCGAGGAUGACUCCGCCAGCCCUCUUCAUCAUGUAAACCAUGGGAUCAUCAGUCCCUGCACUCUGGACGCCGGGCACGACGCCGUGGUGAUCGGAAUGACCCGGAUCCCCGUCAUCGAGAACCCACAGUACUUCAGACACGGACACCACUGUAACAAGCCAGCCACCUACGUCCAGCACAUCAAGAGGAGGGACAUCGUCCUGCAGAGGGAGCUCGGAGAAGGAGCCUUCGGGAAAGUCUUCCUGGCCGAGUGCUACAACCUGAGCCCCACCAAGGACAAGAUGCUGGUGGCUGUGAAGACCUUGAAGGACCCCACCCUCUCGGCCAGGAAGGACUUCCAGCGUGAGGCCGAGCUGCUGACCAACCUGCAGCACCAGCACAUUGUGCGGUUCUUCGGGGUCUGCGUGGACGGGGACCCGCUCAUCAUGGUGUUUGAGUACAUGAAGCACGGGGACCUCAACAAGUUCCUCAGAGCCCACGGGCCGGACGCCCUCAUCCUGGUGGACGGCCAGCCGCUGCAGACCAACGGGGAGCUGGGGGCGUCCCAGAUGCUGCACAUCGCCAGUCAGAUCUCGGCGGGGAUGAUCUACCUGGCCUCCCAACACUUCGUGCACCGGGACCUGGCGACCAGGAACUGCCUGGUCGGGACCGGCCUGCUGGUGAAGAUCGGUGACUUCGGCAUGUCCAGAGACAUCUACAGCACCGACUACUACCGGGUGGGCGGUCACACCAUGCUGCCCAUCCGCUGGAUGCCUCCGGAGAGCAUCAUGUACAGGAAGUUCACCACGGAGAGCGACGUGUGGAGCCUGGGGGUCAUCCUGUGGGAGAUCUUCACCUACGGCAAGCAGCCCUGGUUCCAGCUCGCCAACAACGAGGUGAUCGAGUGCAUCACUCAGGGCCGGGUCCUGGAGCGCCCCCGGCUCUGUCCCCAGGAGGUCUACGACAUGAUGCUGGGCUGCUGGCAGCGGGAGCCCCAACAGCGCCUCAACAUCAAAGACAUUCAGAAGAUGUUGCUCACCAUGAUGAAAGCCACGCCGGUCUACCUGGACAUACUGGGAUAGGAAUGGAAUACGAGGGCAAGGAAUCGGAUGCCUUUUGGGUUGGACUAGAUCUUCACUGGAAUAGAAACCAGGAGACUGGAUCAGAAGUAAAUGGAUUGCCUUGGAGGGGUACCCUGGCCUCGUAGUCUGCGAUAGAACCAUGUGGUUUGGGAUGAGAAAUGGACCUUAUUGCAUCCAACUGCCUGACAGAUACGGAUCGGGAUGAUCGAACUAAAGUGGAUUAAAGUGUGUUUAACUGGAUUGGAAUGAACUGGAUGGCAUUGCAUCACGUAGUAAUCAAAGGGAACGUCAUGGUCCUCAACGGUGGCGCCGAGGCCUCUCAGGUUCGUCCAGUCUCGUUCCGUUGUGAAUUAAUCAUGAAUAAAAGACUAUGAAGAAUGGAUUGCAUCACGUUGGACUGCACUGGAUUACCCUGGUUGUACUGGUCCGGUAUGGUUGGCUUUCCAAUCCUAAGGAUGUAGGUAACAUAAAUUAUUGUCGUCAUUUCACUAAAUAACAGCGGUUUUGGUUCAAAGUCCGGUAGAAUCUGGAUCUGCUUGGUUACAUUUCAAAUAUCCUGUCCUAGGUUGUACUGAGCUCAUGCUAACACAGGUUGUAUGCAUUAGCGCAACAAUGGUUUCCCUUGGCUCGGUUUCACUGACCCGACAUGGGAGCCAUCGUAACUGCUCGGCCUCACUUGGCUUGUACUCAUGCUGGUCCUCUCACAGUAAACCAGACUCACCUUCUACUGUAUGUAAUGUAGACAUUCAGAAGGUUGACCUGCUCAGAGGAACCUGAAGACACCUUGGUGGAAGCGCAUGUGUUCCAGGACAUCUUGCCCAGGCUCGUCUGUAACUUUA